GUGAGGAACAUGUGUUGUAGUCCACGCGCCGAAACUAGGUAGGUUGCAGCGAGCCGCAGAGCAAGACACAGCUGAGAGACGAGGAGCCGCUGCUUUAAUAUUCUGUAGGCGUUUUAUCCCAUGAGCAAUUCUGAGACUGUGCAGAGCGGACAGAAAGUAAAUUACUGCAAAACGCCGUAGCUUGUAUUUAUUAUUAUAAGGCCCGCGCGUGAAGAAUAGGUAGAAAAUCCAUAUGAGGAUUUGCUGUUGUGACAGUUUUCAGCUGCUCCGGUUUGGAGCUAAUAAGUGCGCGUCGCUCUCAGUGUUUCUUGUCUUCAUUUCCACCUGGAGUUGUAUGACUUGAAGAGUUGGCUACACUUCACCGCCGACAUGAGAGCUCAAAUAGAGGUGAUUCCCUGUAAAAUCUGUGGGGACAAAUCCUCCGGGAUCCACUAUGGUGUCAUCACAUGUGAAGGCUGCAAGGGUUUCUUUCGACGCAGCCAGCAGAACAAUGCUAUGUACUCCUGCUCACGACAGAGGAACUGUCUUAUUGACCGGACCAACCGUAACCGCUGUCAGCACUGCAGACUGCAGAAAUGUCUUGCUCUGGGCAUGAGCCGUGAUGCGGUCAAGUUUGGUCGGAUGUCCAAAAAGCAACGUGACAGCCUGUAUGCAGAAGUCCAGAAACACCAGCGAUCCCAGGAGUGUGCGGGCCUGGGUGUCCGCGAGGAGAAUAGUGACGCGACUGAUCACGGCCGCACCUACAGAAGAGGCUCCAGCGCCACGCUCAGCGAUCUGGAGGACAUUACCACGCUGCCCGAAGGCCUGCUUUUCGACCUGCCGCUGACCCCAGAGGAUGCAGGGGGAGACUACUGUAACCUGGACAUGCUGGGCGGCAGUGCAGGCAGCAGCUCAUCCUCGCAGAGCUCACCAGAACAGACCAGCUUGGACUUUGUAGACGUCAGCCACAGCAUCAAGCAUGAGUACCAGCUGUUGCAUGACUCUGGACUCUUCUCACAUGCUAUCUUCAACCCGCUGCCUGAGGGCUGCUCCCUGCAUGAGAUAGAGCGUUUAACUCAGAGCGUGGUGAAGUCCCAUAUUGAGACGAGCCAGUACGGUACUGAGGAGCUGAAGAGAAUGGCGUGGACCUUGUAUAGCCCAGAAGAGACACGCUCAUACCAGACCAAGUCAGCUGAGGUGAUGUGGCAACAAUGUGCCAUUCACAUCACCAAUGCAAUCCAGUAUGUGGUAGAGUUUGCCAAGCGCAUUUCUGGCUUCAUGGACCUCUGUCAGAACGAUCAGAUUAUCCUCCUCAAAGCAGGCUGCAUGGAUGUUCUUCUGAUCCGUAUGUGUCGGGCCUACAACCCCAUCAAUAACACAUUAUUCUUUGACGGAAAGUUUGCCACUGCUCAGCUGUUCAAAGCUCUUGGCUGUGACGACCUUGUGAAUGCAGUGUUUGACUUAGCUAAAAGCCUGAGCCGUAUCCAGAUGUCUGAGGAAGAGAUGGCUCUCUUCAGUGCUGCUGUGCUGCUCUCACCAGACCGUCCCUGGCUGACAGAUGUUCAGAAGAUACAGAAGUUGCAGGAGAAAGUCUACGUGGCUCUGCAGCGCUGCCUACAAAGAGAGGGAGCAUCAGAAGAGAAACUAGCUAAGAUGGUGUCUAAGCUUCCCAUAAUGAAGUCCAUUUGCAACCUUCACAUCGACAAACUGGAGUUUUUCCGCCUGGUUCACCCUGAGACAGCGUAUACCUUUCCUCCUCUGUAUAGGGAGGUUUUUGGCAGUGAAAUCACCUUCCCAGACUCCACAGAGGGCUAGCAACGUUUAGCUAAAGAGCGUGAUUCAAAUAGAGACAUUGAGGUGUAGGGAGGAGGAGAUAAAAAUGUGGCAACCAGCUGAGGAAAAACCAACCAGCAGCUCAAUGACAAUCCUGCACGCUACACUUUAGGACACACUUCUCUCACCUCCCGCCCUGCAAGCUAGUCCGUUCAGCUUCAACGUAACACUACAGGAACUGCUGCUGGGUACUCAAUGCAUGUUACCUCUUUUUUUACAGUUAAAGAAAUUAUUGAGGAGUAGCUCACAUAAUUUGUAUUCUAAAAAAUAUUUUUCUAUGAGAAGACCUUAAACCUCUCAUCAUGUUGAAUUCCUUUCUAAUAUAAAUUUGACUCUCACCAUUCUCACAGUUCCUGUAAGCUAUUGUUGAAUGUACCCCUUUUUCCUUUUAACCGUUCAGCACAGCCCCUAGGCUUGAUAUAGAAUGUACAUAUUUAAAAUCUUCAGCCACUUUUUGGAGAUUUGCAGUAAUGAUGCCUGUUUCGGUUGUCAGUCUAGUAAAAAAAAUUUGUUUUAUUCAAUAUUUUUGGUUGCGCCCACAGUUUGCAGUUUUGUAAUGUAUGAACAAACUGUUUAAAGGGACCAUGAUCAAACUCACAAACAGACAGGGUUUUUUUUUAACUGUGUGAAUCAUGGGCAAACUCUCAGAGUGUCUGCCACCAUGCACUUACAAACUCUUGCACACAGAGCACAAAACAUAGCACUUAUUCUGAUCUUUGUAGGUGUUUUUACUAGCACACCCUCAGACACUGAUGUUAGUGAACUCUUUGUUUUUUAAUGCAAUCAAUGACCUCAGUCCUGAUACCUUUUCCCCUUGCAAAUGCCACUUAGAGAGUGUGAUAAUCACAGCAGUGUUGUGAAAGUAUUUUCUGAUGCUUCUUUUUCAUAUAUAUAUAUAUAUAUAUACAUGAAAAAAUAUAUAUAAUAACACCUAUAUAAUCAUGUAAGAUAAGAGCAGUGAGUGAGGAGGAGGGGAACUAAUGCGCAUGUGCUCAGGUCUCUCGAACAGAUACUGCCUACUGCCCAAACUUGGGGUUCUGGGAUGGAAAGAUUGCUGUUGCUGAUAAUUAGCACUUAUGAGUCCUUGUUAGAAUCCAAAAUGAACUCUUGGCACAAGAUUUUACGGGUUCGCACUCAGACUGCCAUCUGUGAAAGUUAUGUUAAAACAGUCAGAAAUGCAAGAUACACCCUCCCACUGUAGAUAAGCUUUAUGAACAAGGUGCUAGGCAGCCGACCACUGUGGGGUUAUGUGCUCUCAUGGAGGAGCAUCUGGAACUAGUCGCACCUCAGCUCCCCUUUCCGCAGAAGAGUGCCAUUGCACAAACCAUCCAGCAGCGUCUCAGCCAGCAGGUUCAAAAGACUUUGGGCAUAAAGAAGAAAUGAACUGAUAAGUCUGAUGUUGACAUGUGACAGUAAUCACAUUACCAUCAACAUGGUAGGAUGGGGGGCAAAGAAUAGAAAGUGGACAGUUGUGUGUAGACAUCAGAGAGGAUAUACUGUCUGCGCCAACUCUGACUGCUUCGGGGCCAGGCAGACUGCGCUGUCGCAGUCAGCCAAGGUGUUCUGAUUGGACAAUUAAAUCAUCUGUUCCUUUUUCCCCACUCCCUUACUACCUCACACUCUUCAAACACUACAUGGCACAGCAAAGGGUUGACAGAGCCAUCAGCUACCCCCCUGAGUUAGUAUUUCUGCAUUCAUAGUAAAGAGCUUCUUUGAAAAUAUAACAAUUAGACUAAACUAUCCUAAAAUAUAUUCUUAUGGUCUUUCAACUGGACAGAAGACAAAAGCAAACUGAAAUGCUGGAUCUACUUAUGCUACCUAUCCUCAAUGAGUGCUUUUCUGUCAUUUGAGAGCAGUUAAUCUGUAGGUUCAGGAAGUCCUGCUUAGAUACAGAUCUAUCUGAAGUAAGAUCUCUUGAGACACAAGGGUGUGUCCAUAUGGCAGCAGGGGGACAUAUUGGAUUUCUGUAAAAACAACAAAAACAAAGUAUCUUUCUACCCAUAUCCUAGAGAAGCUGCCAGAAAAGAAAAGUCAGAGAAAACAUUGCUGCUUUUAAAAUGCAACAUUGCUGCAUUUUAAGACGAUCACAUGUCGUUGAUGUCUAGCUCUAUUUAAUAUGUCAGCCAGAUUUGCUUUGCACUGCUGGGACGGUGCUGUUCGCCAGACACAUACUAUAUUACCUGUAUUACCCUUUUCUAGGUACACGAGACAGUGGCAUGGUGGGAUUGUGCAAUAAAGUCUUUCCCGUUGUUCUCAGUAUGUUGGGCCUUUGUUGCCAUGUAUUACAGUUAAUAUUUUCAUGAGCACUCCAGCAAAACGUGGCAGCACAACAAAUUAUGUUAUUUGGAAGAUAAUGUACCAAAUGCACAGCCAGCCACUACACAGGUCAGCCAUCUGCUGAUAUGACCAGAUGACACUUCAGAUUGUAACAAAGUGUAAUACUUUGUGUGUUAAGUCCUAGAAUGUUAAGUAUGCUGAAUUCAGCAGAGUUUUUGUAGGCCUAAAAGCUGUCCGGGAAGCAGUACUGAAGAUCUGCACUUACAUUUCCGUUUAGAGUUACUCAGGGAGAUAGCUGGGCUCUCUGUCCUGCAGUGUCUGCAGUUAGUUGAGCUAGCAAGACACCUUGCACCAACAUAGAAGACCUUAAAACCUUGAUCACUGUGUACAGUACACGUUCUUGUGAAUGUUUGAUUUCAGAAGUAUCAAAAAUUUUACCCCUGACUAAUAUUAUUGCGAGACUUUUUUGUUGGAGUUUGAGUCAUAGAUGAAAUAGGACAUUAUAAAAAAAGUAAUUAUAGUAAAAUAAAUAUAAAGAAAUAUAUUAUCUCUGAAUCUUGUGUUGGUUUUGUUGUGAUCUUUUGUUUCUUAAUUGUUAUCCUUACAUGUACUGUUUGUUUGUUUUUUUUCUCAUCAGUUUAGUGUCCUUUUUGUCUUGGAGAGAUGUAAUUCUAUUUUUUUAAAGACCGUUUUUAAAGAUGUCUCCCUAAAAGUUUCUCUUUUGUCAUGAUCCUUCUGUUUAUAUGUUCACGCUAUUUUAAGAUUAUUGUUAUUAAAUCAAUAUAGAUUUUAAUAAGAAAUAAUUUAUGAUAUGUUAUGAUAUAAAGCCCAAGAGGUUUUAACACAGUAAAGUGUUAUUGCACAAUGGUGACAAUAUGUGGAUUUAAGAAUGUAAUAAAAGUCUUUUUACAAUAAGAA